AUGACGACAGCGGCGGCGGCGGCGUCGGUGGUGGCAGCAUCUGUGGCGGCGACGGCAGAGGGAGGAGGAGGGGACGGGGCGGCGGUGCGGUUCGGCAUCGUGGGGUGCGCCGAGAUCGCCCGCAAGGUCUCCCGCGCCAUCCGAAUGGCCCCCAACGCCUCUAUCGCCGCCGUGGGCAGCCGCUCCGGCGAGAAAUCCCGCCGGUUCCUCGCCGAGAAUGACCUCGACCCUGCCGCCGUCGCCGCCUACGGCAGCUACGAGGAGGUCCUCGACGACCCCAAAGUCGACGCCGUCUACAUGCCGCUGCCCACCAGCCUCCACCUCCCCUGGGCGGUCGCGGCGGCGGACAAGGGGAAGCACCUGCUCCUGGAGAAGCCAACGGCGCUGUGCGCCGCCGAUCUGGACAAGAUCCUUGCCGCCUGCGCCGCCGCCGGCGUCCAGUUCAUGGACACCACCAUGUGGAUACACCAUCCCCGCACAGCCGAGAUGCGCCGCCUCCUCUCCGACCCUGCCCUCUUCGGCGACCUCAGAUCGGUAAAUUGAAGACGAAUCUCUCAUAAUCUUCUCUUGAAAUCCGCAAGAAAUGGACUACGAUUUUGAGGUGUUACUCGCUGGGUUCCUGUGGGCAGGUGAGCAGCAUCUUCACCUUCCGGGCGGACGACGACUUCCUAAAGAACGACAUCAGAGUGAAGCCCGAUCUGGACGCGCUCGGAGCGCUCGGGGACGUCGGCUGGUACUGCGCGCGCGCCGCCCUCUGGGCUGCCGGCUACGGGCUGCCGGCGACGGCGGUGGCCCACCGCGGCCUGGUCACGAAUGAUGCGGGCGUGAUCCUUUCCUUCGGGGCCUCUCUGCAGUGGGAAGACGGGAAGAUGGCGACCCUCCAUGGUUCCUUUCUCUCCCACCUGACAAUGGAGCUGUCGGUGACGGGAACCAGAGGAACCCUGCGACUGAGCGACUUCAUCAUCCCCUUCGCUGAGGGCGGCGCCUCCUUCGCUUUCUCCUCGGAGGCCGCCUUCACGGAGCUCGUGACCGGCUGGCGGAGCAAACCCGGCGAGCGCGUCGUCGACGCGGAGCUGCCGCAGGAGGCGCUGAUGGUGGCGGAGUUCUCCCGACUGGUGGGGGGCAUCAAGGGCGGAUCUUUGAAGCCGGAGAGAAAGUGGCCGGAGAUCUCGAGGAAGACCCAGCUGGUGCUGGACGCCGUGAAGGCGUCCAUCGACAAGGGUUUUCUACCGGCAGAGGUCGGAGUCUGA